AUGUCAGAUCAUGGCUCGGAAGACACUGAGCCACUGCGCGGUGAGCUGCGCGGCGAGCGCGACGAUGACAGCGAAGUCGACUUCGAAGAUGAUCUGUUAAACCCGAACGGUCCUGAAUUUCAUCAUGUUGACGGCGGCUUCGACUAUGACGCCACCCACCAGUUGAACCCAACCCUCGCUUCUCAAUGA